AUCAUGAGACUCCAGUGGAAGUGUCAAGACAAGAUGAGGUGUUUCCGGAAACGCUCUACCAUUCCCCUUGUUGGAGUUUUGGUCACUUUCCUGCUUUUUGUAAACCUCUAUAUCGAAGAUGGCUAUGUGUUGGAAGAGAACAAAAGGCAGUUGAGAGAAUCUGCAAUACAUCAGCUGAAUUCUGAGCGAUAUGUUCCCACCUUUAAAGAUCUCACCAACUUUUCGGGAACGAUUAAUGUUACAUACCGCUACCUUGCAGGAUCACCACUGCCAAGGAAAAAGUAUUUGACAAUUGGACUGUCAUCUGUCAAAAGAAAAAGAGGGAAUUAUUUAAUGGAGACAAUCAAGUCCAUUUUUGAUCAGUCCAGUUAUGAGGAGCUCAAAGAGAUCGUGGUUGUGGUUCACUUAGCCGACUUUGACUUGGGGUGGUGCGAAAGCCUUGUGCAAGACAUCUCCAGAAAAUUUGCCCACCACAUCAUUGCAGGAAGGCUUCUGGUGAUUCAUGCACCUGAGGAGUAUUACCCAUCUCUGGAUGGACUGAAGAGGAACUACAAUGACCCAGAAGACCGCGUCAGGUUCCGUUCCAAACAGAAUGUGGACUAUGCAUUCCUGAUCAACUUCUGUACUAACCUGUCUGACUUCUACAUGAUGCUGGAGGAUGAUGUCCGCUGCUCUAAGAACUUCCUGACAGCCAUGAAGAAAGUCAUUACCUCAAGAGCGGGCUCCUACUGGGUGAUGCUUGAGUUCUCUAAACUUGGGUACAUUGGGAAGCUCUACCACUCCAAGGACCUGCCUCGUCUGGCACACUUCCUGCUGAUGUUCUACCAGGAGAUGCCCUGCGACUGGCUGUUGAUACACUUCAGGGGUCUCCUGGCUCAGAAGGAUGUGAUCAGGUUUAAGCCCUCGUUGUUCCAGCACAUGGGGUACUACUCCUCGUACAAGGGUGCUGAGAACAAAUUAAAGGACGAUGACUUUGAGGAGGACACCGUUGAUAUACCAGACAAUCCUCCUGCCAGCCUACACACAAACAUAAAUGUGUUUGAGAACUAUGAUGCAACCAAAGCUUACAGCAGUGUGGACGAAUACUUCUGGGGCAAAGCCCCCUCAACCGGAGAUUUCUUUGUUAUCGUGUUUUACAAACCAACCAGGAUCAGCAAAAUUAAGAUUGUCACAGGGACAGAUGACCGACAAAAUGACAUUUUGCAUCAUGGAGCCUUAGAAGUGGGAGAAAAGUUGAUAGGAACCAAGAAGGGGAAGCAGUGCUCUUCCUACAUCACUUUAGGAGAAUUUAGAAAUGGAAAUAUUGAAGUGCAGAAUGUGGACCACAAGAUUUCCUUUGACAUUGAAUGUGUACGGAUAGUAGUCACAGCUGGUCAAAAGGAGUGGCUGAUAAUUAGAAGCAUUAGCCUUUGGACUACGCAGCCAACAGGUCAAUGAGUACACACCUAUACUGUAAGAACUC